UGUUGCCCUCCGCGGGCCGCAGUGCAUCAUGCUCCGUGGCCCCUGCCGCCUCUUCAGGGUCUCCGUGGCACCCGUCGCGGCCCUGGCUGUGGCGCUGGUCUCGUCGCUCUCUCGCUGCUCCCUCCUGGAGCCGGAGAACCGCGUGGUCUCGCCGCUCAGCCCCUACUUCGGCACCAAGACUCGCUACGAGGAUGCCAACCCCGGGCUGCUGCCGGACCCCGAGGCGCCACGGCGGGACCCACAGCUGCUGGAGGAGACCUGCACCCCGGUACAGCUGGUCGCCCUCAUCCGCCACGGCACCCGCUACCCGACCACCAAACAGAUCCGCAAGCUGCGGCAGCUGCACGGACUGCUGCAGGCCCGCGGGCCCGGGGAUGACCGGACCCACGCUGCCGGCGGCGGCGACCUGGGCGCUGCGCUGGCCGACUGGCCGCUGUGGUACGCGGACUGGAUGGACGGGCAGCUGGUGGAGAAGGGGCGGCAGGACAUGCGACAGCUGGCCCUGCGCCUGGCCUCCCUUUUCCCGGUCCUCUUCAGCCGAGAGAACCGCGGCCGCCUGCAGCUAGUCACCAGCUCCAAGCACCGCUGCGUGGACAGCGGCGCUGCCUUCCUGCAGGGACUGUGGCAGCACUACCACCCUGGGUUACCGCCGCCCGACGUCGCAGACAUGGAGUGUGGACCUCCAAGAAUUAAUGAUAAAUUAAUGAGGUUCUUUGAUCAUUGUGAGAAGUUUUUAACUCAAGUGGAAAGGAAUGCUACGGCUCUUUAUCAUGUAGAAGCCUUCAAAACUGGACCAGAAAUGCAGAACAUUUUAAAAAAAGUUGCAGGUAUUUUGCAAGUGCCAGUCAACAACUUAAAUGCAGAUUUAAUUCAGGUAGCUUUUUUCACCUGUUCAUUUGACCUGGCAAUUAAAGGUGUUAAAUCUCCUUGGUGUGAUGUUUUUGACAUAGAUGAUGCAAAGGUUUUAGAAUAUUUAAAUGAUCUGAAACAAUAUUGGAAAAGAGGAUAUGGGUAUACCAUUAAUAGUCAAUCCAGCUGCACCCUGUUUCAGGAUAUCUUUCAGCACUUGGACAAAGCAGUUGAACAGAAACAAAGUUCUCAACCAAUUUCCUCUCCAGUCAUCCUUCAGUUUGGUCAUGCAGAGACCCUUCUUCCACUCCUUUCUCUCAUGGGCUACUUCAAAGACAAGGAGCCCCUAACAGCUUACAAUUACAAGGAGCAAAUGCAUCGGAAGUUCCGAAGUGGUCACAUUGUACCCUAUGCCUCAAACCUAAUAUUUGUGCUUUACCAUUGUAAAAAUGCUAAGACUCCUAAGGAAGAAUUCCAAGUGCAGAUGUUACUGAAUGAAAAGGUGUUACCAUUGGCUCACUCACAAGAAACUGUUUCUUUGUAUGAAGAUCUGAAGAACCACUACAAGGACAUCCUUCAGAGUUGUCACACCAGUGAAAAAUGUGAACUACCAAAGGUGAACACAUCUGAUGAGCUAUGAGUAACUGGCAAACAUUUUUAAUUCAUCAGGAAUCUACAGGGAGUGAUCCCAUGCUUGGAAUAGGUGGGCAAUCCCUGGCUACAGCAAGCUUUAAUAUUACUUGGGUAUUUUUGUCUUUUCAAAGAAAAACAUUUCUUUUUGAGUCUGGACAUGGAUGUGUAAGAAAUGAUUCUUCACUGGAGCAGCUCUCUUAAGGGAAAAAAAAAUCUAUUCAAAAAGAUAACUGGCACUACAAACAUUUACAGAAGUUAAAUAUUUAUGUAAGAAAUCUCACACUAAGAUAGAAUAUGAUUUCAAGAUGAUACUUGAAAGUUGGAGUAACAAAAUAUUAUGUCAGUUGGACAAUCCAUAACUUGAUUGGACUAAGUCUAGGAACUUUACCAGUUGUGCUGCAGUUCUUUCUCUUUUCCUCAGGUAGCAAAGUUCUGGUAUCAUCUUUCUUAAUCAGAACUAUUAUGAUUCACUGAGAGUAUCGCUUUGAAAGAAAGCUAACAUCUCUCUAGUUGAGAAUUUGAAACAAUAUUAAUAAACAGAGUCUGAUUUAAAAGAACACCUUCACUGAAGGAAGACAAAAAUAUAAUAAAAUAAAUAUCUUUGUUAAUAGUAUUUAUAAAGUAUUUGAACACUGUUUCAAUAAUUCCUUUUAACCUAGUAAGUCUUGCAAGGCCAUUCUUUAAUUAUUAUCAUUCCUGUUUCACAUAUGUAACAGUGGAAGAACAAAGAGGACCAUUAGCAACAAGACAGAAGAAUAGAAUCAAAGUUUCUUAAAUCCAUUGCUUAGCAUUUUUUUAAAAAAUUUUGUCAUUUUUGCUUGUAUUUUUAUAUUUUGCUAUUAUGUGAAAUAUAUCUUUUGAUGGUUUAGUUUCCUUUUUGUUCAUUUCUGUAAAGAAAGACUUCCUACUGGUGGGCUUAGUUUUACAGAUAUGAACCCAUUUCAAAGAAAUGGUUCUGAGUUCUGUCAAAUGCCAGGAAAAUGUUUGCUAUAAUAAUAAACAGAAUUCCUGUGACUUUA